AUGAAGGUGCGGGUUUUGGCUCGCGAUAGCGAGUUGUACACCCGAGGGAAGAAGAGUGAGAACAACCAUGCGCCGGAUGCGCACCCGUUGAAGAAUUUGCAGGAGUAUCAGCGUGCAUUGGCGGCAGCAAAGAUGGAGCGGAUGUUUGCGAAGCCAUUUGUGGCGGCGUUGGAGGGUCACUUGGAUGCAGUGAGUUGUUUAGCGCGGAGUCAUAAGACGGUACAAGAUGUUUAUAGUGGGAGUUGUGACGGUGAGAUUCGAUUUUGGCGGUUGGGCACACGUGUGUGCCAGAGGUCUAUUGUGAAGGGGCAUGAUGGACAUGUGGAGGGAGUGGCGGUCGCCAAGGACGAUACGUACUUGCUGAGUUGCGGGCGCGACCAGUACAUCAAGCAGUGGGCGGUGGAGAAACACUUCCGCGUGGGACUGGCUGCAGAGGCGGAUAUCGAGAACCGCGGUGGAGUCAUCCACCACGACCUCUGGCAAGAUGGUGCCGGGAGUGUUGGAAGUAUUCGACCGGUUAAUACAUUCCACGACCCGGACGGUCCCCUAUUUGGUGUAGACAGUCACGACGAGGCGAGUCGGUUCGUGACGGCGGGAAGCCGAGUUAGUGUAUGGGAUUUGAGUAAGACCGCACCAGUAGCGCAAAUGGCGAGCGGUGCGGGAGGAUGUGUGCAGAGGUUUGUCCAAUGGUCACCGAGUGACAUGAAUCUGGUGUUAAGUGCAUCUUCGAACAACACGGUGGAAUUGUUUGAUGUGAGGCAAGGUGACAUGGUACAGUCAGUGGCGUUAGCGAUGCAGAGUAACUCGGGUGCUUGGAACCCGAUGCGUCCAUUUGAGUUUGCGGUUGCUAAUGAUGACCAUAAUGUGUAUACUUUUGAUAUUCGGAAUUUCGCCAGCGCCAAACACGUUUAUUGCGGCUUCGUCCACGCCGCACUUAGCGUCGCCUAUGCACCCACUGGUAAAGAACUGUGUGCCGGUGGCCAAGAUGAAACUGUCCGUAUAUGGACCCAUGGCGAACGGUUUAGUCGUGACGUCUAUCAUAACCGACGCAUGCAAAGCGUUACCAGUGUGCUUUAUUCCGGUGAUAGCAAAUACAUACUCUCUGGCAGCGCAGACUUUAACGUAAGGCUCUGGAAGGCUAAUGCUAGCGAAAAACUCAACGGCGCCGUCAGUCGAAAGGAAGCAGACGCUAUCAAUUAUCGCAGAGCACUCCUACGGAAAUACGCUCACAUGCCUCAAGUCAAACAUAUUCAACAUCAACGGCACCUACCCAAGUACAUCUACAACAUGAAUAAACAAAAGCUCGUCCAUCACAAAGCAGACAGAGAACGCAAAGAAAGAGGAGGACAAAUCAUCAAACCACUCAGGCAAUCACCCAUCAGACAUACCUCCGUUCAAGACGCCGCCAAACCCAAAGUCGUACCCAGAGGCCAAACAGACCAAGACCCCCAAGAUGACGACGACCAGGAAGAAGACGACAAUAUGUCUUCCGAAGCAUCCGACGAGUGA